AGCGAAUCGAUUAACAGUGUUAAAUCAUGGAUGGGCAAAAAAAUUAAAAUUACAACUAAAAAUAAUAGAUCCAUUAUUGGGAAAUUCUAUUGUUUUGAUAAACAACAAAAUAUAUUAUUAAAUAAUGCAUAUGAAGAAGUAAAAUCACCAGAUUCAGAUUCAUCAACUUACAGAAAGGAACUAGGUGUUGCAUUUGUACCAAUAAUUCAUAUUGAAUCUUGUAAAAUA